AUGCCGCUCGACUGGGACAAAUUGCGGGUCUUUCACGCCGCGGCGCAGGCCGGCUCUUUCACGCAGGCCGGCGAAAAGCUGCACAUUUCGCAAUCGGCUGUCAGCCGGCAGGUCUCGGCCCUUGAAAGCGAUAUCGGCGCACCGCUCUUCAACCGGCAUGCGCGCGGCCUGGUGCUGACCGAGCAGGGCGAACUUCUGUUCCGCACCGCGCACGACGUCUAUCUGCAGCUCGAAAACGUCAAGGCGCGGCUCGUCGACACGACCGACAAACCGUCGGGCACCUUGCGCAUAACAACCACCGUCGGACUGGGCUCGGGCUGGCUGACCUACCGGGUGCAGGAAUUCCUCGAGCUUUAUCCCGACAUCAAGGUUCAGCUGGUCCUGUCGAACGAGGAACUGGAUCUCAAUCUGCGCCAGGCCGACUGCGCCAUCCGCCUUCGCCAGCCGCAACAGCCGGACCUGAUCCAGCGCCGGCUGUUCAUCGUCCAUUUCCACAUCUAUGCCUCGCCCGGCUAUCUCGCCCGGUUCGGCACGCCGGCCACCGUUGACGAUCUCGACGAUCACCGGAUCAUCACCUUUGGCGAGCCGGCGCCGGACUAUCUGCAGGAGCUCAAUUCGCUGCUGACGCUGGGCCGCGAGGAUGGCGAGCCGCGCCCGGCCGUGCUGGAGAUCAACUCGAUCAUGUCGAUCAAGCGGGCGGUGCAGCGCGGGGUCGGCAUCGCCAUGCUGCCCGACUAUGCGGUCGAGCGUGACACGGGACUGGUGCGUGUGGUCGAAGGCGUCGCCCUGCCCUCGUUCGACACCUAUUUCGCCUAUGCCGAAUCGAUGCGCUCAUCGGCCAAGCUGCAGGCGUUUCGCGAUUUCCUGUUCGCCAAGGCGCGCGGCUGGGAGUUUUAG